UUCUGGCGCAUGCGCAAACACAUCGAACAGUGGUCCAAGUCCAAGAUGGCGGACUAAGCGACGCGGUUUCACAUUUACGAUCUUAUAGAUUCAAAAAUAGCAUCAAAUACCUCAACUAUUCGCUUUUUCUUAAGCCCACGAAACGGACUUUGAGUGUGGAGCGACGGCGUGUUACCUGAAGUGAAGAUUGAAGACGUGAUAGAAGAUGGACGACUACUGCUAUGCUAAGAUGGCGACGUCAUGUCAAAGAGAAAGUGAAAGAGAAUCAGCGCCACCAACGGAGAACAAUCUGAAAAGCGAAGAUGAAGACGUCCAGCAGCUGAUGAGUAAUCCAGAAGAAGUUUCCCCUCAGUCAGGGGGGAGCUCCACUUUGAAGCAGGAGACUCCACAACCACCCUGCAUUAAAAAGGAAGAGGAGGAACUCUGCAUCACUCAGGAGGGAGAGUGUCUUCUAGGACGAGAGGAAGCUGAUUACACCAAGUUUCCACUGACUGUUGUCUCUGUGAAGACUGAAGAUGAUGAAGAGAAACCACAAGUAGACAACCUCUUAGCUCCACUAUCAGAUAGUGAGGCUGAAGACGAGGUUGAAGAACCUUUGAGCAGCGAUACAGACUGUGAAGGUGAUAUAAGGACUUACACUGACAACAAACACUUUGAAGGCUCUUCAAAGAAGAGAGACGUCCAGCAGCUGAUGGGUAAUCAGGAAGAAGUUUCCCCUCAGUCAGGGGGGAGCUCCACUUUGAAGCAGGAGACUCCACAACCACCCUGCAUUAAAAAGGAAGAGGAGGAACUCUGCAUCACUCAGGAGGGAGAGUGUCUUCUAGGACGAGAGGAAGCUGAUUACACCAAGUUUCCACUGACUGUUCUCUCUGUGAAGACUGAAGAUGAUGAAGAGAAACCACAAGUAGACAACCUCUUAGCUCCACUAUCAGAUAGUGAGGCUGAAGACGAGGCUGAAGAACCUUUGAGCAGCGAUACAGACUGUGAAGGUGAUAUGAGGACUCACACUGACAACAAACACUAUGAAUGCUCGACAAAGAAGAGAGGUAAAACAUGUUUGAGCUGCUCAGUUUGUGCUGAAAGUUUUACUGAAAAGAGCCGUUUGACUCGACACAUGAGCACACACACAGGGGAAAAACCAUUUAAUUGUUCGGUUUGGGGCAAAAUAUUUUCUCAAAAUAACAAUUUGACUCAACACAUGAGAACACACACAGGUGAAAAACCAUUUAAUUGUUCAGUAUGUGGAAAAAGUUGUUCUGUUAAGAGAAAUUUGACUGAACACAUGAGAACACACACAGGUGAAACCCCUUUAAUUGUUCAGUUUGUGGCAACAGCUUUUCUCAAAUUAGCAAUUUGACUCAACACAUGACAACACACACUGUUAAAAAAACAUUUAAUUGUUCAGUUUGUGGCAAAAGCUUUUCUGUUAAGUGCAGUUUGAUUAAACACAUGAGAACACACUUAGAUGAAAAACCAUUAAAGUGUUAAGUUCUCAUGCGUUUAGUCAUGUCUUCGUGUCGACACACGAGAACACACACUGGAGAAAAAACGUUUAGUUGUUCAGUGUGCUGUAAAAGGUUCCCACAUAAUGCAGCCGCAGUAAAACACAUGAGAACACACAAGCGAAAAUAAGCAAUUAGCUGUUUAGUUUGUGGUAUGUUGCUCAUAUGUGGCGACAUCCACCCUACCCAGGACCUCCUCACUGCUUCUUUCACAAAUAUCUGAGGUAAUCAUACAAACUUGGAUUAUUCGAAUGAUUGUCUUCCGUGCAAAUGUAAAGAAAGUGAACAGUGUGUGAUUUACUGCAAUACUGUCAGUCUUUCAACGUUUUAUUUGUGCUCUGUAGAAACACUGAGAUUAAGUCUAAGUUUUGUUGUGUUCUGAUAUGUUUGUGAAAUCUAUGUGUUUUCUUUUUCUGGAUAUCAGACUAAUUGUAAGUUCUGUUUGCUUAUUUUAUUACGUCUGACGGCAUUAUAUUUGGCAUCGUUGGUUACGUGAAGAAGACGUGGCUGAAAUAAAUGUCUGUGAGAAAAAGGAACGACUCGAGCCUUGACUAAGACCUCGGAGGGAGUAACACUGAUAAUGGACAACAAUUUACAGGUCAGUGAUUUGAUGAGUUUUUUUUUUUUUUUAAGUAUGGGUUUCAACUAAGGCUGUCAAUGUUAACGCAUGUGAUUAUUAAAAAUAAUAUAUCACAUUACCAUAAAUGAAUGAUGAUGAAUCACAGUGUUGGUUUUGACCGGCGCAGGAAGGCAGUGCGCAUCACACAGGCAGCGAUGACGUCACACACCAGUGGGAGGGGGUGUGCUCUGCGCCCACUUUCGCUUCAAAACAAACCUCGAUGGAACUUCAGACAAAACUGAGGUUAUUAGUCAGUAAUGCAGCCACAAACUUUCUUAUCAUCGGCACACAUCAAGUUUAAAAUAGAAUCAAAGAACCAGGACGCACUUUGUCAUGUAUGUUUAUUAAGUAAGUGGCCAACAGAGACCAUUAUUUCGUUUUCAUGUUGGUGUGAAAGAAAAAGGUCAAUGGUGACGUCACAGGCCAGUUUUGACCCAGCAGUUUGGCUCCAGUCGCCAACACGCACCGAGCAGGCAUCUUGUCAGUGCAGCAGAUAACUAAAGUCAGUGUACAAAAGUGAAAGUAGAAGUCUUCUGCUGUCUAUGGUUGCAAUAAGAGCAAUAUUUAUGUCAGCGUCUUUGUUUCCUCACCGAGUGCAGUUGGUCCGAGGUCGAGUACAAGUCAUCCUUCAAUGAGGAUAUUACUGAUAAAAGUCAAGAUUAUAAUGUUGAAC